GGGACGCUGCGGCCGGGCGCCUAGAGGGAGCGCGAGCGGGACGUGAGGGGAAGCGAGCCCGCGAGUGGGGCUGACGCAUGCGCACGGCCGACCGCCCGGUCCGGUUACCGUGUUUCUUGGCCUGAGGCGCCGACUGGGCCCGGGGGCAGCUCGCGAUGGCCGUGGGCACGGGCACCUCGCUGGCGCUCUCCUCCCUCCUGUCGCUGCUGCUCUUCGCCGGGAUGCAGAUGUACAGUCGCCAGCUGGCCUCCACCGAGUGGCUCACCAUCCAGGGGGGCCUGCUGGGCUCCGGCCUGUUCGUCUUCUCGCUCACCGCCUUCAAUAAUCUGGAGAAUCUCGUCUUUGGCAAAGGAUUCCAAGCAAAGAUCUUCCCUGAGAUUCUUCUCUGCCUCCUGUUGGCUCUCUUUGCAUCCGGCCUCAUCCACCGAGUCUGCGUCACCACUUGGAUUCUUCCCCUGAUGCUGCUGUGUGCCCCGGGAGACACCGGGCUGGCAGUGUACCCCCCGAUGCUGUGACCUCUUUGUUGUCCCCGUGUAGCUUCAUCUUCUCCAUGCUUGGCCUGUAUUACAUCAACAAGAUCUCCUCCGCUCUGUACCAGGCAGCGGCUCCCGUCCUCACACCAGCCAAGGUCA